AUGCGUCGGGCCGUGCCGUUUAAUCUGACACCCGCCAUUCUUGCCCCCGCCAUGUCGAAUGGGAACCACGGUGGUGAUGGGGUUGCUGGCGAACCGCAUGAUGGAAGUGGCAACACUGAUGGCAUGGUACAUUCUUUCACGUGCUCGUCUACGCGUAUUGCAGAGGGUCACCGUGUCUUAGUUCCACUUCCGCACCCAACGGAGUUGGAGGCAGUAGUAUUUCGGGGUGAUACGUGGCGUCAGGCAAUGCGUCGGCUGUACCACAUUAUCUUUAAGCUGCAUCGAUUACGUCUGCAUCCCAUGCAACGCGAGUUUGGUGACCGCUUUGUGCAGGUGGAGUUCCAGCGCCACAUGGACGCCACCGAAAAGCACGCGCGCAUUUUCUACCAAUCUUGGUACGGGUAUGUGGCACAGCUGGAAACCGGCCAAACGUCGCGUGAACUUACAGAGGAGGAGCGACGUCAAUUGACGCCAGAGCAGAAGGAAAAACUCCGCGAGUUGCGAGGACACGUGAUGCAGGUGCGUCAGACGGACUCGGACUUUGUGCUUUGA